UCAUGUUUGGGCUCGUGCACACCCACCUCAUUUUAACUCUUUCUGCCUCGAGCGCUGCUUGUUCAAAUACCUGUGCGCGUGCUCUGUGAAUGCGAGGGGACAGUCAGCCAAACAUUUGGUGGAUAUUCUCCCAAACAAGCGUUCAAAGACUUCAGCCUCGCCUCUAGCCAGGAAGCCAGCACUGCAGCCCUGCCAUCAGCAGCAUGGACUAUUACACACCCCAGUCAAACCGUCGCCACAACCCCGUGGACAGCAUCUGCCGUAAACUGCAGACCAUUCAGUGGCGAGGUGACCGAGAGCCGAAUUCCCCGUUCCAGAUCCCCAAACUCUCCUCCAGCAGUUACGACAGCCCACAGUGUGGCCUCAGGCACAACCUGGAGGCCAUCCUGAAAAAAGGGGCCAACCACAGAGAUGAGGGGGAGAGAGGGAAGGAGAAAGUGACGGAGAAGGGAAAAGGGAUGGGUAUGCAGGGCUCUGUAGCUUCCCGUAGGAGCAGCAGGGGUUCCUCCAUCCCUCUGUCGACCCAUUCCACCCCAGCAUGCAAUCCCACGCCAGCAAACGUCACAUACACUAUCACAAGCACUCUGGGAGAGAGGAGAGGUGCUGAUGGGAGUGAUUUGAACAAAGUGAAGACAUGGCAGAGGUAUUGUUCAACACCUGCAGGCCAGUCAAAAGACUCCCCGUACUUUACAUUCACACAGGAGCCGCAGUCUGUGCAGCCGGAGAGCGAGAGGCCAAACAGAAACCCUCCUCUGUCUCGUACCUUCACCCCAAACAGCACUGUUGCCUACAACCUGAACUUUUACUCGGGAGACACGGGGAACAACACAGAGUGCGAGCUGCCGUACCCCGCCUUGGUUGUGAAAAGACUGUCCAUGGGAGAUGGAGGACCAUCGCUGACCUCUGAAAGCAGGAAAGAAACCAUGGCAGAAAUCAGCCUGAUCUGUGAGGAGAAUCUGCUGGAUACCAUCUUCCACGCUUGUGACACCCAGCGCCGAGGUAAAGUGUACGUGUCUCACAUCGUGGACUUUCUGCGGCACACUACCAGUCGCGGAUCAGAAGACAGCGGAUUGGAAGAACUAUGCAACAUGCUUGAUCCGGAACAAAAAGACGUCUCAAUUGACCUGGACACCUACCACGCCGUCAUGAGGGAGUGGAUCGAUGACCGCCGCAACAGCGGGGAGGAGCCGGCAGAAAAUACCACUCAGGAUUCAGUCAAAAUCAGAGACAGCCUGUCUGCUAAGAGGUCCACGCUGCUUAAUAUGACUUCUGGAAGCUUGGAGGGCUUUGGUGGGGAUGCGUCCAGAGCAGAAUUUGAGACAUCAGAGCUGGUGUAUUGUGUCGCCGACCUUCAGAUGAACAAUCACAAGCUCCAAGAAGAGGUGAGGAAGCUGAAGCAGGUGGUGGAGGGCAUGGAGGACAGCAACCAGAAGCUGGCAGAGGAGAAUGAGGAGCUGCGCAAUCAGGCCAGAGUUACCCAGCAGCUUGUCCAGAAGGAGAAGAUUCUAAAGGAGGAGGUGGAGGAGAUGAAAGCUUCUCUGAACUGCACAGAGGAAGGCAGAGCUCGUGCCUCAGCACACAGCAAACAUGUGGAGAAGGAAAACCAGAGUCUCAUUGGCAAGAUCGCUUCUCUUCAGGAAGAGAACUUUAAGGUCACCAUGGAGAUGGAUGAGCUUCAGAGGAGAAUAUCAGAGCUGUGUGACAUUAACGCUGACCUUCAGGUGCAAAUCCACUCCUUUGAUGCUGUCGCCACAGAGAAGGACUCUGUGAUACGAGAGAAGAGCAGGCAGAUAAAUGAGCUUAAGGCAACAGUGGAGGAAUACUCAUCCAUCACAGAGCUGCUGAGGGCAGACAAGAGUAAGCUGGAGAACCAGAUGCAGAUGUUCCAUCCAGACCUGACUGGGGCUGGUCUGUCCCUGUCGGCGGCCUACAGGUUGAACCAAAGCAGCUUGGGAUCCCUUCAAACAGAACUGGCACUGGCACAGUCACCACUGGAGCAGGCCCCCCAUGGAGUUGAUCUUUUGUCCACCACGAUGAGCUUUGCCUCUCCGCUGGACGAGACCCUGGACAGGGAGGUGCUGUUUAUGCUGCAAGGACCCAGCCCUGAACACAUGGCUCAAGACUUCAGGAGCCUGCUUAACAAACUGAAAAGAGACUUCAAAGAAGAAAGUGAAUCCAUCUCGUCUAUAGUGAGAGGCCUGCAGGGUGACCACACACAGACGCAGCCUGCGGCCCUUCCUGAUCUACACCAACCCCUCGGCCUUAUCUUCCCACAGACAGCGCAGGCCGAACUGGAUGCAAGGAGGGCAGACUGGGCCCUCAGCCUGGACCAGCUGGCCCAGUAUACAGACUCGCUGGAGAAGGAGCUGAUCAAAAUGGCCAGCAACAUGAGGAGGUCCCGCACUGAGAUCCUGCACCUAUCAGUCAGGGUGCAGGAGCAGGAGAACCAGAAGCGCCAGCUGAGCGAGGAACUGGAGCAGCAAAAGACACCCCAGGACAGCAGAGAGGCCUCAUGCCAGACACCUGUACCAGAGGAAGAGCAAGGAGAUGACCUGGACUGGGAUGAGGAGUUUGCCCUUCAAGACUUCCUAAAGAACGAGUUGGCAGAGAGGAAUUGCAAAGAUCAGGGCGAGCUUCCGAACAGCAAGCCAGAGGAGACUGCAGAUAAGCUAACGGAGAGAGCUGAAGUGGAGGAGGAGGGGGAAGAGAAGUGGACAGUGGUGGAUACAGCAGGAGAGGGAGAAGUGAGAGACACAUCCACUCCUCUGUCUGCCUGUCCUGAGGAGACCCAGCCUGGACAUGGUGCAGGAGGAAAUGGACAAGACUCUGAAUCCUGCACUGAGUUAAAGCCAGAAGUGAACUGUCAAUCUUCACAGGAGGAAGCAGCAGUGUCAUCAGACGCCCACUCACAAGCUGUCAGUGUUCAAAACCCAGAGGCAGAUGCUCCAUCUGAACUGUCCCACUCAGAGAACAACACAGAUACAGCACCUGUUGAAACCGCAGCGUCAAACUCCUCGGCCCAAAACAUAAACAGCUCACCUGAAAAGGACCAAACAGUCACACUAAGUACCACCUCUUCAUCUGAGGCCAAGAUGGUUCCCCUCAACAGUACAGCACCAGAAGCAGAUGAGACUGUUACCCAGAGCACAAGCACCCAGCCGACCAGCGAGGCGGGAAGAGAAGAAGAGAAAGAAGGCGAAGCGAACUCGAGCGUUGAAGCCAUGAGCCGUACUAAGAGCCUGAGCCUGGACCAAUCGGUAGACAGAUCAGCAGCGGAGGACAGCACGUGUCUUCUACCUGUGUUAGUGGAAGAAGAGGAGAGUGUGCUGGACAGUACGGCUGAGGUAUCAACAGUAACCGGCAGCAUGGAAGCAGCAGACCAACUCACCAGCAGUGGAGCGACCACCUUCUCCGACAGCAACACUCCUCAGUCAUCGUCUUCACAUGCUGGCCAAUCUGGGAGUGGAACGGGCAGCGUGACCUCUGACUCCAGCCAAUCAGAGGAUAGUUCAGCCAAAAAGGAUUCCCUCCCCCAAGGUGGCAAAAAUAAGAGGGAACUGGAGCUUUCACGCAGCAUGGAGACCAUCAAGGAGAACAAGGUUCAGGAGGACCAAAGUGAGACCAGCGUGACCACUGAGAAGGAAUCGGAGACAUCGGUAACCUCUGACACAAACGACAAAGAGGACAAAAACAGCCUGUCGCCAAGCGAUAAGGAGAUUGAGACAGAGUUCCAGCGCCUGGCGUUGGGCUUCAAGUGUGAUAUGUUUACCCUGGAGAAGAGACUCCGACUGGAGGAGAGGUCACGUGACCUGGCUGAGGAGAAUGUGCGCAGAGAAGUGUCCAGCUGCCAGGGUUUACUGCAGGCUCUGACUCCUCUGUGUGAGGAUGACAAUCAGUCCAUGGAGAUCAUCCAGAGGCUCCAGAAGAACCUGGAUAUCCUCAUCCAGUCCAUGAACAGGGUGUCUAGUCGCUCCGAGAUGCUUGGAGCGAUUCACCAGGAAAGUCGUAUUGGAAAGGCUGUGGAGGUAAUGAUCCAGCAUGUGGAGAACUUGAGGAGGGUGUACACCAAGGAGCACGCCGAGCUGCUUGAGCUGAGAGAGACGCUAAUGCAGAAUGAGAGGUCAUUUGGAUCCUCGUCUGUCGGAGAAGACUUCCGUGUCAAGAAGCAGCCAACAUCUCAGUACUACAAGUCAUCAGCCCGGCGAGUCAGCAUAGCAGCAAUCCCCCGCUCUGGUGGAGGCAACAUGCACUUUGACAUGUCAAAAGCUCAAGAGGGCUCAGAGGCUGAAGCAGAGAGACUGACCAGGAGAUCCCCAUGGAAUGUGGCAGGGAAGAACUCGGCGCGCCCACCGCUAAAACGCUAUGUUAGCUCUGCGGCCUGGGUUGACACUGAAGAGCCUUCUCUCAUGAUGAAGGGGACGGCCUGCGACAACACCGACAACCAGUCAGAGGAAGAGCAGAAGGAGGAGCCGGUGGCAGAGAGGAGGAGGUCCAGUCUCAGUGAGCUGGGCAACAAACUCACCUCCUUCAUUCUGCCCCUCAAGACUCCAAGCCCUUCCUCCAGCCCUACAUCUACAGAACCAGGAAUGGUGCAGUCUCUGUCCCAUAGCCUGACCUCCUCAAGGGCUGCCGCAGCAGCAGCAGUAGCCAGAAGUGGCAGGGGGCUCUGGCUUUGGUUGGCCAUGGUGGUGGUGCUAGCAGGUCUCUUGGCUCUGCUUGCCAGCCUGGUGAUGCAGCCUGCAGUAGACGCGGCCCCUGUGGGGACCGGGGACUCAUGGAUGACGAUCCAGCAGCUGCUGUGGCCUUACGCAGGGCUCCGACACAACGGACAGCCCCCUGUCUAGCCCCUGAGACUUGUGGGGUGGACGGUCUAACUGGCCGUCAUCCCUUUAUGGAGGUUACUGCUACACUUGGGUUGGUGAAGAAGAAAGUAGUGUACCAGUCCUAAGCAGAGGCUGUAGAAGGUCCACUGGUGCCUGAAGAUUCCUCAAACAGGACUCGCAGUGACAGCACAGGCCUCAGGGGAUAGUUAACCCUUUGGAGGAUUUUAUGCAUCACAUCACGUUUGUAAAAUGAGUUAGUGUGUUUGGCGUGUAUGGGUGUGUCUAUGUUUAAAGACAACAAGCAGUUACAGGUGGUGAGCUAUCACUGCUUAAUGGUAACUGCCUACCUGGAGUCAACAGCACUUAUCAGAUCAGGCUUGAUCAGUCUUCAGAGCUAGCACCAUAUUGACCAAUCAUGUUCAAACUUAAUUAGAUUGAUGGCACUGAUCCACUGAGUCGUACCAUGGGCCACUGUGCAGUUUUCCAUUGACAAGCAUCAUGGACGAUGGCUCCGAUGUGCCACAUGGCUUUUUAUACACAUUUCAUGCACUUGAAAGAGACAGCCAGCCUUUUAAUUGAACUUUCCAGUGGUUUCCUCGUGUAUUGUAGAGGACGUUUUAUAUCUUUCAAAUCUAUAAACACUGGUAAUAAAACUUUCAUUGUAUGUGUUUUUAAACUUUUGAAGUCUUCUAUUUAUGGGUUUGUUAGUUCUGAGUGGGGAGAUGUGAAUAUCUGUUUAUUUUUGUUAAGUUAUAAUCGGACUUGGUUUUUAGUCUUAACACCAAAGCUUUUUUUAUUUCCCUCUCUAUGUUCUUGCUGUGGUUGUCACUCUUUUUAACUUUAAACAUGUUCCAAAGAUGUGUGGAACUUUGCACAAAUAAAGUAGCCUAUUGUACAAUAGAA